UGGCCACGGCACACCAGCCAACGAACCCACGUAUUCAAAAAAAAUUGAAUAAAUUCAAAGUAAGAACACGACCAGCACUCCCGUCGUUCCUUUCUCUCCUCCACUUUCUUCCCAUUUCCCAAGCCAAUUUCUCCUCCGAGCUCUCGCCACCCACCCCCACGAGGCAGAGGAAAGUCCCGAGUUUCAAUUCAAAAUGUCCUCUGAUUACCUCCAUGCCUACGACCCAGACCUACUCCAGUUCGUCCCUGACCCUCUCUCUCCUUUCAACGACUCCUACAUUGACAUCUUCCAUGAAAUCUCAAGCAGCGCCUCAGAGAACCAAGACCCUGUUCCGAAAUCCCCUCACAUGUGCAACCCUGCCGCUGCCAUCUUCUCUGCUUCGCCUCCAAGCCAAGAGCUUGAACAUUUGAGCCUUCGUCGAGGGACCCAGUUGCAGCAACUGUCGAAGCAUGCUCCGGAUUACUCAAACGGAUUCUCAGGAUCAACUCAAGAAAUCAAAGCUGAUCGUGAAUGUCACGGUCGCGCUAGCUACGAUAGCGAGGCCUUCGAGUUUGUUCCUCACAGUUACAGCGGGUGUGAGGAUAAUGUAGGCAAGUAUAUGCAGAGGAGCUACAGCACCAACUUCUUCAAUGGAACGAGGCCUCACCUCCUUCAACCUCCACCGCGCGUUGAUCUUCCGAACAUAAGUUCGCCAGAGAGCUGUUUCUUCAGCGGACAGAUGAUGAGGAGGGUCUAUAGCACAGGAGAUUUGCAGAGAAUGAAAGCAACGUCCAAUUCAACGAGCCCGUUCAUGGAAGAAGCGAGCUCCUGCAGAGUGGGGCGAUACAGUGCAGAGGAAAGGAGGGACAGGAUUCAGAAGUACAGGGCAAAGCGAACGCAGAGGAACUUCAACAAAACAAUCAAGUAUGCAUGUCGCAAAACUCUAGCGGACAGUCGACCGCGGAUACGUGGCAGGUUCGCGCGCAACGACGAAGCUGGCGAGACUCCCAAGGUUUCAGGCUUCGCCAGAGACGAACACGACGAGGACGACGAGCUCUGGUUCGCGUUUCAUGGUGGGGAAGAAGAAUACGGAGCAGCCAGAGGAGGACCAUUCAUGGCAAGUUACGGUCAAACCCAGUUCCAGUACUACGGCUGUUGAUGACAGAUGAAGAAGCUAAUUGCAGAUGGAGAUUUCGUCGUACAUAUUGGCCCCAUAAUUUUUUCUCUCUUUUCUUUGUUUUUUCAAGAAAAUGGGACCGUCAAAGAGAAAUCCAAAAAGGGAUUUUUCAGGGAAAAGAAAAAAGAAGCUAAAAAAAAGGGUGAAUUGUAGGCACUAGGAAGUUAGGAAUUAUUAGGGUUCUUGUUUCUGGUGCUGUUGUGUUUGUAUAUGUGUAAUUUAAUAAUCCCAAAUGCUGUGAUGAAUAAUCAGUGUCCGGUAGUGUAUUUCUAUCUUAUUCCCAAAUCUUUGACCU